ACUCCCCUCUUGAAAGGGAUCAGUUUGUUUGUGUGUGUUCUCAUCAACCCCUUGGGAUUUGGGUUUUUUUUCCUUUUCCUUCUCGUUUUGUUCUCUGUGGCUUACCAUAAGCUCAGAGUGUCGACAUGGUUUGCCAACAAGAAGAGCUUGUAACAAAAGUCUGGGAUUUGUAUUCACAAAUCUCAAGCCUUGAGAGUCUCAAACCCUCCAAAGAUGUCAACAUGCUCUUCACAAACCUUGUUCUCACAUGCAUGCCACCAAACCCAAUUGAUGUUACAAAGCUCUCAAACAAAGUCCAAGAAAUGAGGUCCAACCUCAUUACACUCUGUGGAGAAGCUGAGGGUCUAUUGGAGUCUCAUUUCUCAUCAAUCUUGGCUUCCUAUCAAAACCCAGUUGACCAUCUCAAUCUCUUCCCUUACUACUCCAACUACCUCAAACUUAGCCAUCUUGAGUUCACAAUCCUAACCCAACACUCCACCCAAGUCCCUAACCAAGUUGCCUUUGUGGGUUCUGGUCCUUUGCCUCUAACUUCAAUUGUGUUGGCCUUAUUUCACCUCCCCAACACUUGUUUCCACAACUUUGACAUAGACCCUUCAGCCAAUUCAAAGGCUCAAGCCCUCAUAGCAUCCAAUCCUGACUUGUCCAAACGCAUGUUCUUUCACACUUCUGAUGUACUAAACAUCACUAAUGCUUUGAAACAAUUCGAUGUGGUAUUCUUGGCAGCUCUUGUUGGGAUGAGUAAAGAAGAGAAAGUGAGGGUUAUUGAACAUUUGGGCAAGUACAUGACUCCAGGGGCUAUUUUGAUGGUGAGGAGUGCUCAUGGUGCUAGGGCUUUUCUUUAUCCUGUGGUUGAUCCUGGUGAUGAUCUAAGAGGAUUCGAGGUUUUAUCGGUGUAUCAUCCGUCUGAUGAAGUGAUUAAUUCGGUUGUUAUCGCUCGAAAGCAAGAUCAAAUUAUGGCUAUGAAUCAGUACCCAAUUGAGAAUAAUAAGGGGCAAGGAAAGAACAACAAUGUGAUACUACCUUUUAAGUGUUGUGAUCAAGACUUCCAACUCCAAGCCUUCAGUCCCAUGGUUGAGGAAUUGGCCAUUGAAGAGCAACUCUAGAGCUCUUGAACUAUUCUAUAUAUAGCUACAAGUCUCUCUCUCUAUAUAAGUCAUAUAAUUGUGGUUGAUUUUAAUCCCAUUUAUGUAUGUUAUAUUGAUGCAUGUCUAGCUUGUCUACUUAAUUGUACUAUGAUAUCCCAUUUUGGUGUACUUUUUGUUCCAUCAAUAAAGGUUUCCAAAGCAAGAAGAAGAUA